AUGCCCGCGCAACUGACCUCCAUCCUAUCCUCUACCACAAUCCUCUCCAUCCGCACGAGUCUUUCCGUGCGCAGAGCUUGGAACGGAGCCACUUCGCCACCCACACCCACUUGGUCUAAUUCCUUUGUAACGGUGAUCCUGUUAAUCGUCUACACUUUAUCAAGUUAUCGCCGCCCACAAUUUCUAUUUCUUCAACCUACCUUGAAACUACUUACCCCCCGAAUAACGGCCUUCUUGUUUGCUCUUCUCCCCGACUUCUGUCCUGACUUGAAUGCUGUCAAUGUCGCAUAUCUUUCGCAAUCUUCUCCAGUAGCUUCCUUUCGUCACGUCUACUGUCCUUCCUCUCUUGGCAGUGCUUUGUCGUCUUCAUCUACCUUAUAA